AUGGAGGUGGACGAGUUCGAUUCGGGCCGUUCGUCGUCGACAAUUUCGUCGAUAAACAGCUUGUUCUCGUUUACCAGCCCGGCCGUUAAGAAACUGUUGGGCUGGAAGCAGGGUGACGAAGAGGAGAAAUGGGCUGAAAAAGCCGUCGACGCACUUGUCAAGAAACUGAAGAAAACCAAAGGCGCUAUCGAAGAGUUAGAAAAAGCGCUUAGCUGUCCGGGACAACCGAGCAAGUGCGUCACCAUACCAAGAAGUCUCGACGGACGAUUGCAGGUGUCGCAUCGUAAGAGCUUACCUCACGUCAUAUACUGCCGUGUUUGGCGAUGGCCAGAUCUCCAAACCCAUCAUGAGCUUAAGCCUCUUGACCAUUGUCAAUUUCCAUUCUCUACUCAAAACAAACAGAAAGAUGUUUGUAUUAACCCUUAUCAUUACAAACGUGUUGAAAGUCCUGUCCUACCUCCUGUAUUGGUACCAAGACAAAGUCAACUACCCCCUAUGAUGUUCCGUCAAAUGCCGGAAAAUCUUCAGUACAAUAAUUAUAACCAAGGACCCAAUUCUCCAUCAUCAAGUCCUCCGCCAAAUAGUCCCUUUCAGAGCAGCGCACUAUCAGAAUUAGGAAGUUCUCCUGGGCCUGAUGAAAAAGCUAUGAGUCCCACAUCUGGAACACAAGUUUUGUACCAGGAACAAGCUAGUUGGGCAAGCAUAGCAUACUAUGAAUUAAAUAGUAGAGUUGGAGAACUAUUUCAUUGUCAAUCUCCUGUUGUAGUUGUGGAUGGUUUCACUAAUCCAAGUAAUAAUUUAAACCGAUUUUGCCUUGGACAACUUUCCAAUGUAAAUCGAAAUCAAACAAUUGAAAACACUAGGCGACAUAUCGGAAGAGGCAUUCAAUUACAUUACAUCGGCGGUGAAGUAUAUGCAGAAUGUUUAUCAGACUCUGCAGUUUUUGUACAGUCACGUAACUGCAAUCACCAUCAUAAUUUUCAUCCAUUAACUGUGUGUAAGAUACCGGCUGGAUGUUCUUUACGUAUAUUCAAUAAUCAACAAUUUGCAACUUUACUCACAGAAUCUGUGAAUUCAGGUUAUGAAGCCGUAUUUGAGCUCACAAAAAUGUGCACAAUUAGGAUGUCAUUUGUGAAAGGAUGGGGCGCUGAGUAUCAUCGACAAGAUGUUACUAGCACACCUUGUUGGAUUGAAAUCCAUUUAAAUGGACCCUUACAAUGGUUAGACAAAGUUUUAUGUGCCAUGGGAUCCCCUCACAAUGCUAUAUCAUCUGUUUCAUAG